AUGCCUCCGAAAAAUGCCUUUAGAUGUGUUGUGGGUGAUUGUAAAUCAAAAGAGGUGAUAUGUCAUCGGUUUCCAAAUCCACGUACAGAUAUGGAAAGGCUUAAAACUUGGAUGAAAAUUGUUGGAUUAGAAUAUGAUGAUCCCAAUUUAGUUUAUGCCAAAAAGUUUAUUUGUUCUCUUCAUUUCACUAGCAAUUGUUCGAGUAUUGGCACCAAACGACUUAACGCAAAUGCGUUGCCGUCACUGUUUUGUUUUCAAACAUUGACAAAAUUUUUAGAAGAAAGAGGAAUCAUUACUAACAAGACAUCUCAAUCAAAAUCCUAUUGA